GCCCAGCCUCGGCGGAUUUCCACCAACCACAAGCCGCCCAGCAGAGUCCCUAGCGCUCCGGGCUCCGGGAGAGGCUGAGCUGAUUCGGCAGGAGGCGGGGAUUGCGGAAAAGACGAGCCAAUAAGAGCAAAGGCUCCCCGCCCCUCCGCCUUGACGGACUGCCAUGUUCGGACCAAUGGGGGAUUUCUCAUUUCGAAGAAAGCGGGGCUUGUUUGCCAGCGUAGUUUCCACUGUACCCCGCACGGGGUGGCUGUGGCUUCGGCUAUGAGUUCCCAGAAAGGCAACGUGGCUCGUUCCAGGCCUCAGAAGCACCAGAAUACGUUUAGCUUCAAAAAUGACAAGUUUGAUAAGAGUAUUCAGACCAAGAAAAUUAACGCAAAACUUCAUGAUGGUGUAUGUCAGCGCUGUAAAGAAGUUCUUGAAUGGCGUGUAAAAUACAGCAAAUACAAACCAUUAUCAAAACCUAAAAAAUGUGUUAAAUGUUUACAAAAGACAGUGAAAGAUUCCUAUCACAUAAUGUGCAGACCAUGUGCCUGUGAACUUGAAGUUUGCGCAAAAUGUGGAAAGAAAGAAGACAUUGUUAUUCCGUUUAAUGAAGAACCAGAUAAAACAGAAAAUGUUGGAAAUAAUCAAAGUUCCAACCAUAGAAGAAGCUGCAGAAGAAAUGAAGAAAGUGAUGAUGAUUUAGAUUUUGAUAUUGAUUUAGAGGACACAGAAGAUAUCAAGUGAAUUAAUAUCACUACAUUAAAAGUCAGUUGUGGAAUUCUGACCAACUCUUGACUUUGGGUAUUUCACAAGUACUGUGAAAUCCUAAUGAUACAAUCAGAAAAAGCUAUAAAAAAUAGGCAAAAUUUAUACAUAAAUAAUAUAAAUUGUAUGUCAUAUUUGAAUAAUCAUAAGACUUUCAGCCAGAGUUUUCUUAUAGCAAGUUUUUAAGUUGAGUAUGCUAGAAUAUCACAGUUCAUGGGAAUUAUUUAGAAGAAUGUAUCACCUAAUAACAAACUAAGCAAGAUUCAGAAUUGAUGCUUAUAUAAGAACUAUCUCAUGUAAAAAUAAGAUGACAUUAUUAUAUUACCAGCCUCAAAAAUUGGUCCUCCGGAAGUACCUUUUGAUAGAGUAUUCUCAAGUAAACAACUCACAUAGCAAAAGCCUCUUACAUUUGCUUGUUACAAAGCAGAAGCAUUUUAUUUUUUAUAAUAAUGUCUAAAAAGUAUAUAGCAAUUUUUCUUUAAAAGUAUUUUUGUAUAUCAUAUUACAUUGUUUUUAAUCUUUUUUGUAAACUAUGCAUACAGAAAAACUGCAUAGAAUGUAUAUGUAUAGUUUAAUAAAUAAUCAUAAAGGAAAAUGUGUUCAUUUAUACCAAGGUGCAGAAACUGCUGGCACCAGAAAUCCCCCCAAGGCUCUCUCUCAGCAAAAGUUCUUCCCAGAGUUGUCACUCUUCUGAAUUUUGAUAAUUGUUUUCUUUAUUUUUUUACCACCUCUGUUUGUAUUCCUAAAUAAUAUAAAUUAGCUUUGUCUGAUUUUGGAGCCCUUUCCUACGUUUUUAUUUUGAGAAAUCUCAAACUUAUAGAAAAGUAGCAAAAUAAUUUAGUGAACCUUUCCAUACUGUUCAUCUAGAUUUUCAGUUGUUAACAUUUUACCACGUUUUCUUUAUAUCUCAAUAGAUGGAUAUACAUGUAUAUUUUAUUUGCUGAAUCAUUGGAAAAUAAGUGACAAGCCCUGGUUUUAAACUCUGUAUGAACAAAUUUAUACUAUAUAUACUAUUUUGUGUCUCCUUUUUUCAUUGUUAUAAAAUUUGUGGGAUUGAUCCAUGUUGCAAGAGCUGUAAUUUGUUCAUUUUACAUUACUGUAUAUAACUGUGAGUUAUUCCAUGCAUUUACCUACCAUAGUUUAUUUUUUCUAAUGUUGAGAGACAUUUGAGUUAUCUCAAAUUUUUCUUGUUGAAAACAAUACUGGUAUGAACAUUGUUAUAUGUGCCUCUUGGUAUGCAUGCGUGUAUUUCUGUGAGAUAUAUUGCAGUGGUAAAGGGAAUCGGGUAUAUGUAUCUUCAGUUUUACUAUAUAUUAAUAAUAUGCAGCUAUUUUUCCGGAGAUCCUUUUUCCUUUCCUCAUAGCAAUGUUUUAUUUUUAUUUUUAUUUUUUUUUUUAGUUGCCAAGACAGAUGAAAUAUAGCAAUGUUUUAGAGUUUCAGUGCUCUGCUUUCUUUCUAACGCUUCAUUGGUAUCAGACUCUAAGAUUCCUGCCAAUGUGGUACGUGUGCAACAGUAUCUCUUUAGUCUUAUUAAUUUAUAUUUCUCUAAUUACUAAUAGGCUUAAGCCCCUUUUUAUGUUUAUUGAGUAUUUGAUUUGUG